GCUGCAGUCAAUUGCGAUGGACUCAGCAAAGAGUUGGGUUGUCGCCGCUGCCUGUUGUUGGAUCAACGUAUUUUCCAACGCCGUAUUUCGGUCGACGGCGGUGCUGUUUGUGAACAUGGUCCAAUCGCUCGGCAUGACGAGAGAGGAGGCUUCUUGGCCAAUCUCAGUGAUGGGAAUAUCUUACUGCCUUUCAGCGCCCGUGGCGGGAAAUUUGGCAAAGCACGUAGCCAUUUGGAAGCUGACAGUGUGCGCAAGCCUGGUGGCCUCUGUCUCUCUCGCUGCCUGCUUCUUCGGAAACAGCAUGCCUUUUCUCGUUGUAUUCUUGGGAAUCCUACACGGCACAAGCUUGGGCUUCCUUUUGCUCUUUAACACAGUCAUUGGUCAGCAUUUUUCGCGCUAUCGGGCCAUUGCUUCGGGGAUAGCCAGUUCAGGAUAUACCAUUGGAGGCCUCAUCUUUCCAUCACUGUUUCAAGUUUUGUUUGACGAGUACGGAACGAGAGGAGGGCUCUUACUGUGUGGUGGUAUCGCAUCCCACGCACUGGGUGGCGCCCUUCUUUAUAGGCUGCCACCGGGAGCAAAUAAGCAUUUGCCGAGUACAAUGAAUGGAACUUCUACUAAAAAUGGUGGUACGCGCAAAACAAAGGCAGAUAACUUUAGAAGAGAUAUAUCAUGCGCCGAAGAAAUCGAGCAUUCCAGACCUGACGACUAUUCAGGGAGCGAAGAAAUGGACGACGAGGAUAUUCAGCAGAAUUCGCGAGGAAGUCGUUAUUCCCUCAACAAAACAAUACAGGCACUUUCUGACAAUAUGCCCUCAGAGAAGUCAAACAUCCUAGUCUCGUGGUUCAGAAGAAAUGAAAGAAAUAUUUUUAAGAUCACCCUGCCCUCGUUUUUUAGACUUCCGAUGUUCUACUUGAUUGCUCUCUCCUACGCGCAAAUCGUUUUCAACAUGUCAACAUACCUGACGGUCAUCGUGGACUUUGCAACGGACAGGGAUGUUUCCAAGUGGGAUGCAGUUCUUCUCGCGAUUUACGGAGUGGCAGAUGUGGCAUCCAGGUUCGGGUCUGGUUGGAUCUCGGACAAGAAAUAUAUAAAGAGGAGCGCCGUGAUGAGUGUGCACUUUUUUCUCUGGUCGGCGUCGUAUUUUAUGUUGGCUUCCGCCAAACACUACCCUUUUCAUGUCGUGUCGGCCAUCACCGCUGGCUGGAGCAACGGCGCCACUUCGAUGCUGGUCCCCGUUCUUGUGAUGGAACUUGUUGACGUCCAGCAAUUCAGUUUCUGCUUCGGGCUUGUAACACUCAUCAUCGUACUACCUUUCUGCCUCAGGCCCGUGAUGAUCGGUUUUUUUAGAGACACACUGGGAGACUACCAAGGCAUGUUCAUAUUACUGGGAGCCUGUUUAAGUCUAAGCUCAUUCGUCUGGAUGUGGGUCUUUGUUCGAGAACGACGACAAGAACAGGACUUGCAGAAAAUCAAUAAAGUAAUCGCAUAAAACGAUGUCAUCAAAAAUCAUCUUCA